UGAAAGGGAAAGGCUGGGGAAGGAAGAAUGAGGUCUGAGUUGCUUUCCGCCUCAUCUGGCGAGGUUCGUCGUUUUCUUCUCCACAGCUUGGGAGCGCUAGCAGUCUACAAGGCCAUCGCAUUUUGAGAUUUUGACCUCUUCGUUGUGUCGGUGGUUGAUUCGCUGCGGCGGUCUUUAAGCUUGCUGCGGAACUCUGUGAAUUUCAUUUGAAAGUUGUGGGCACCUGUAGCGUGAACGAGAGGAUCUGGGAGCUUAGAUCGGAGGUGGAACGUUUGGUGUGCGAAGCUGGAACAAACCUCACCACUUGGAUUUGGGUUGUGGCUUCUUACAAGGUGUUGUGGAGGUUGAGACAUGCUUUUGGAUCAGCCGAGGUAGAUUUUGGAAGAACUUGGAGAAUGUCUGUGUGACUAGUUCGACAGUGAGCACUGUGAGAUUCAGAGCGGCAGUGAUUCAGAAUCUAGAAAGAGACCAGAAGGUUUAUCAUUUUCGAAGUAUCCGUCAGGAGCCAGGCACAGGUGGGGUCUAUGGGGAGGGAUGAUCAAUCCACAACAGUAUCGCCAUUGGCCAAGUACAAAUUGGUGUUUCUCGGGGAUCAGUCUGUGGGCAAGACGAGUAUCAUCACACGCUUUAUGUAUGACAAGUUUGACAAUUCAUACCAGGCGACUAUUGGCAUUGAUUUUCUUUCAAAAACAAUGUACCUUGAAGACCGCACCGUGCGGCUACAGCUUUGGGAUACCGCAGGACAAGAAAGAUUCCGGAGUCUAAUUCCCAGCUAUAUCCGUGAUUCAUCUGUUGCGGUGAUCGUCUAUGACGUGUCAAAUCGGCAAUCAUUCCUUAAUACAGCUCGUUGGGUGGAAGAGGUGCGAACGGAGCGCGGAAAUGAUGUCAUUGUUAUGCUAGUUGGGAAUAAGACCGAUCUAGUCGAUAAAAGGCAGGUCUCAAUAGAGGAAGGAGACGCCAAGGCCAAGGAAUUACAAGUCAUGUUCAUCGAAACAAGUUCUAAGGCUGGAUUUAACAUCAAGGCUCUUUUCCGCAAAAUUGCCGUAGCGCUGCCUGGAAUGGAGGCAUUAUCUUCACACAAAGAUGACCUUGUUGAUGUGAACCUCAAGCCAACCUCGAAUGCACUGGCGGAGGCCAAAGAAGGUGGCUGUGCAUGCUGAACGAGGAGAGGAGCAAUGUGCUGCUUGCAAUCUUUUGUAGGAACAUGGACACUCUUUUCCUCUCCUUAUUGUAACUUGUGUACCAUCUUCUCAAUUCUCUGAAGACUCGAUUUCUUGCUGGCUCCACUUGCGGGACACUGAAGUCCAAGGCAAUUCUACUUGAGGCACAGAUGUUAACUAUUCAGUCUUAGCUGUUGCACUGAGCGCCAUUAGUAGAGAUACAGCAUAAUUAUGCUAGUAGCGGCUUGGACAACUCGAUAUCUGAGGAUCAACAAAGGAGCUUAUUACCAUCUCACUACGUCCAACCUCGAAACAGAUUUGUAUUAAUGAAGUGGUUAGAGGUUGAAAGGAUUGACUGGUUAGAAGCACUGGGAUUAAAGAGGUGAAGCAUUAUAUAGUGUUUGCGAAGGUUCUGUAUUCCCUAUGUGCUUACCUACGUGGGGGUCCUCUUGUUAGUUCGUGCUGCACCGAUAAUCGACAGUCAGUACCUUAAUAAAUUUAGCUUCACACCUGUAUUUUUGUAUCAUUAGAUUAAUUGAGCUCAGAUUCAGUUUCCAA